CCCAAGAGUUCCAAGGGUCAACCCCACCGUUUCCAGAUCCGAUGUACACGACCCCACAUGAACGUCUGGGGAUCAUGAUGGGUAAAUACCGAUCUCUUGCUUUAGAUUUGUCAGUUGUUUUCGCAUCGUUCAUCUGCCGAGCCAUUGAUUUGAUGAUUCAUAAGGAAGCUCAUACGCUUUGAAGAUUGUAGCUCCCCCAUCAAAUAUUCUGUCCAGCACAAUGUCGUCGACAACGAAGCCAUGGGCGAUCAUCUCCGGGGCAGGUCCAAGUGGCUUGCUCCUCGGUCUUCUCCUGGCUAAAAAAGGGAUUCCCAUUCAGCUCGUCGACAUGUCUUAUGAGCUCGACAAGCAACCGCGAGCCACGCAUUACGGCCCACCAGCAAUGUACGAACUGCGUCGAGCAGGAGUAGCAGAUGAGAUGCGAGAACAAGGGUUUUUUCCCAAUGGAGUUUCCUGGAGGAAAAUCGACGGCACUUUCUUGGCAGGUAUCAACGUGGAAUUGACCAGCGACGAUCCAGACCGUAUGACGUGUCUGCCCCUCAACAAGCUCGGAAAGAUCCUGUACGAACAUAUCAGUCGCGAACCCACUGCUACUGUUUCCUGGGGUCACAAAGUCGUUGGCCUCGGUCAGGAUGAUGACAAAGCGUGGGUCGACGUCGAGACUCCCCAAGGACCAAAGAAACUCGAGGCGGAGUACAUCAUUGGGUGCGAUGGUGCCAACAGCCAGAUCCGGCGGUCACUAUUUGGCGAUUUCGAGUUUCCUGGAAAGACUUGGGACGAGCAGAUCGUCGCAACUAAUACAUACUAUGACUUUUCGCCGUACAAUUGGGAGGAUUCCAAUUUCAUUAUCCACCCGGAGCACUAUUACAUGGCGGCCAAGAUCGGCACUGACGGCCUUUACCGUAUCACGUACGGCGAGAAGCCAGGGUUGACAUUAGAACAGCUCAAGGAACGACAGCCUAUGAAGUUUAAGGAGUUUCUACCAGGGCAUCCCGACCCAAGCCAGUACAAGAUCGUCAACUUCAGUCCAUACAAGAUCCACCAGAGGCUGGCGCCGAGCAUGCGUGUCGGCCGAUUCUGUCUUGCAGCAGAUGCCGCUCACUUAUGUAACCCAUUUGGCGGCAUGGGUCUGACGGGCGGCAUUGUCGAUGUUGGUGGGCUGUACGACUGCCUCGCCGGCAUUUAUGAGGGUCUUGCGGAUCCCUCCAUUCUCGACAAGUACGCGGAAAUCCGGGCACAAAAGUACAAUGAGAUCGUCAAUCCGAUAUCGAGUGACAAUAUCGUCAGACUCAAUGGUCAAGAUCCCGACAAAGCAUUGGAGAACGACGAAUUCCUGAGAAUGUGCAAGCGUGCCGAGACAGAUCACGAAUUCGCCAAACAGAUGCAAGGCGGUGUCAAUGCUCUGAAGCACGACUUCACGCAGUAUUAUAAAAAGAAGGGAACUCAGAACGGAAGUACGGAAAAUGGUGACUUCCUCAAACAGCAUCAUCUUCCUCUUCAAGCAGCAGCCGCAGGAGGCGUGAACGCUUAAGUCUAGCAAUAGUGUACUAAAUACAAAUUGUCUCACAUGAGAA